AAUUGCCCCUGGAUGGAUGGGAAUUCUGGUUGAUCUGGUUGUAACGGCCGGACCGCCCCAUGAUGUAAUCUCGCGUCGAGAGACCUUCGAUAGCUCCCCAAGGUCUCCCAACAAGGGAGCUUAGCUACCUACAUAGUAGGUACUGCAUAGCUCCCGUCCAAGUCCUCUCAGCAGUGCGACCGUCAGUUUCAUGUUUUCUUGCGUCUGCCCCGCUUCCAGCCUCAAGCAUAUUCUUUCCACCAAAGAUAAACACCGUGUUUUCUCUCUCUUCUUCCCAUCACGAAUUCGGCAUUCGUCAACCGUCAAGCAACUCGUCGGCAACAGGGCCCUCGGCGAACUGCGCCUCCAGUCGUGAUACAUAGCUACGCUCCUCCCCACCAAACCAAACCUAGAGGGUCGAAUAUUCGAGCGAUCGGUCGGGACUGCAGCGGGAAUGGAUCCCAUCGCUGUUAACUCGUCCAACACCUUGGCGGACAGCGGCAAGUUGGCCGAGGAUGACAUCCCCCGGGACGGCACUGGAGUUUUGAAGCUCGACCCUUGGCUGUCGCCUUUCCAGGACUCGCUCAAGAGACGCUACGCCAAGGCCCAGGAAUGGAUCAAGCGGAUCGACGAGACAGAGGGCGGAUUGGACAAGUUUAGCAAGGGGACGGAUCUCUUUGGACUGCGGGUGAAGGAGGACGGCAGCAUUGUUUACAGGGAGUGGGCUCCGAACGCCGUGCGGGCGUCCCUUAUUGGCGACUUCAACAAAUGGGACAACAAGGCCCAUCCGAUGAAGAAGAACGAGUUCGGCGUCUUUGAAAUCACCAUCCCCCCAACAGCCGAUGGCAAGCCUGCCAUCCCCCACAAAUCCAAGGUCAAGAUCACUCUCGAGCUGCCCACCGCAGAAUGGGUCGACAGGCUACCGGCCUGGAUCAAGUACGUCACGCAGGACCUGUCCGUCUCCCCGGCCUACGAUGCCCGCUUCUGGAACCCGCCGCCGGAGGAGCGGUACGUGUUCAAGCACGCCCGGCCCAAGAAGCCGGCCAGCCUGCGCAUCUACGAGGCCCACGUGGGCAUCUCGUCGCCCGAGCUGCGCGUCACCACCUACAAGGAGUUCACCAAGAACAUGCUGCAGCGCAUCAAGGGCCUGGGCUACAACGCCAUCCAGCUCAUGGCCAUCAUGGAGCACGCCUACUACGCCAGCUUCGGCUAUCAGGUCAACAACUUCUUCGCCGCCAGCAGCCGCUACGGCGAGCCCGAGGACCUGAAGGAGCUGGUCGACGUGGCCCAUAGCCUGGGACUCGUCGUCCUGCUGGACGUGGUCCACAGCCACGCGUCCAAGAACGUGCUCGAUGGACUGAACCACUUUGACGGCACCGACCAUCAGUACUUCCACGAGGGCGGCAGGGGAAGGCAUGAGCUCUGGGACAGCAGGCUGUUCAACUAUGGCCAUCACGAGGUCAUGCGCUUCUUGCUGAGCAACCUGCGCUUCUGGAUGGACGAGUAUCAGUUUGACGGGUUCCGGUUCGAUGGCGUCACGAGCAUGCUCUAUCUGCAUCACGGCAUUGGAACUGGCUUUUCCGGCGGUUACCACGAGUAUUUUGGUGCCGCUGUUGACGAGGAGGCCGUUGCGUACCUUAUGGUCGCCAACGAGAUGCUUCACCAGCUGUAUCCGGAGGUCAUCACCGUGGCCGAGGACGUCUCGGGCAUGCCGGCGCUCUGCCUGCCGCUCUCGCUCGGCGGCAUUGGGUUUGACUACAGACUGGCCAUGGCCAUUCCUGAUAUGUGGAUCAAGAUCCUGAAGGAGUUGAAGGACGAGGAUUGGAAUAUCGGCAACAUCUGCUGGACGCUCACUAACCGCCGCCACGGAGAGAAGACGAUCGCAUAUGCCGAGAGCCACGAUCAGGCUCUGGUCGGCGACAAGACCCUUAUGAUGCACCUCUGCGACGCCGAACUCUACACCAACAUGUCUGUGCUGACGCCCCUGACCCCCGUCAUCGACCGCGGCAUGGCCCUGCACAAGAUGAUCCGCCUCUUAACGCACGGCCUGGGCGGCGAGGGCUGGCUCAACUUUGAGGGCAACGAGUUCGGCCACCCGGAGUGGCUCGACUUCCCGCGAGAGGGCAACCAAAACUCGUUCUGGUAUGCCCGGCGCCAGCUGAACCUCACCGAAGAUCACCUGCUGCGAUACCAGUUCCUCAACAACUUUGACCGCUCCAUGAACCUCUGCGAGGCCAAGUACGGCUGGCUGCACUCGCCGCAGGCCUACAUCUCGCUCAAGCACGAGGGCGACAAAGUCAUUGUCUUUGAGCGGGCCGGCCUGGUCUUUGUCUUCAACUUCCACCCGACCCGGAGCUAUACCGACUACCGGAUCGGCAUCGAGGUCCCCGGCACCUACCGCAUCGUUCUCGAUUCCGACACCAAGGAGCACGGCGGCUUCUGCCGCCUCGAUCCGGACACCCGCUUCUUCACGGAACCGCUCGAGUGGAACGGGAGGAAAAACUGCACUCAUGUUUACAUUCCGUGCAGAACCGCUUUUAUUCUGGCGCUCGAGUCAACUCUCUAGCAGCACUAGUUAAUGGUUUCAAGAGGAGAACUGUCACAGCGAAUUGAUUUGUCGGGAGGGAAAAAGUAACUCUUCAAGAAGCGGGGUAGAAAAGUGAAAAAGGGACGCUAUGUGCAAGGCCAGACGGGCCAAUCUGAGAUUG